CCUGGGCUUGCCAGGGGCCGCUCCGCCUGCUGCAGCACAAAACGGGGCGCUACCGGGGUGGUUCGCAUCUGGCCGCCACUCACCCUCUCUCGACAGUGUCACCUUCGCAAGGGUGACACCAUCGCCUCUCGGCCAGAGGACUGGACCUGACGCCCACGGCAGUCUGCCCAUUCCCGCCGCUCCGUAUGGGGGAGGUGAGGGGCUCUCCGCUCCCUUCUUGUAGGCGUCUGGGGGACCCAGAAAGAAAGAAGCGACCAGUGGAAGGCUACACUCCUUUCGUGCCCUCUUCGUCCGUCUCUUCUCCGCACGCCGGCUCCCACCCAGCCACAGUCAGGACAAGGACGUUAAGAGCUGUGUUGGAGGCGGGAGGAGGCUGGGGAAGGCCUCCGUCUAAGAAACUGCGGGAGCCAGGAGGCCAGGUGGGGUCAGUCACUGAAAGGUCUGGUGGGAGAAGAGAAGAGGACGGGUAGGAGUCCAGGGCCAGCGCUGCAUGGCUGGAGCCAACGCGUGGAGGCUCCAAGGUCUGGGUCACAUGGGGACAAGCCAGCCGGACCUGGGGGAGGGCCAGCCUGGCCCUCCACACUUCUGUUUGAUCCUGUGGCCUUAAAACUCAUCUGAAGCCGCUCAAUCCUUCCUGUGGUGCGUUGUCCCUGCAGGAGAAGAGCGCCCACUUACACCUGGUCUCCAUCACUCUUGGCUGCCUGAUCCACCUUUGGUCCUCACAGAGAGGGAAGCAGAGAUGAGAGUCACUCGUCCAGUGAGGUCACAGUGCCAAACCCCAUUUGUUUUCUCUUGGUGGGGCUGCAAAACAUCCAAAGAGUCAUAGUAUCCAGUGGAUGUCAAAUCUGAAAUUUGCAUGGAGUCCCAGGGUGGCAGCCUAUCGAUUGGGUGGUGGUAGGCAAGUUGCUUACCUUCUCUGAACCCCAGUUUCCUUGUCUUCAUAAAAGGGCAGCUGGGAGGAGCUCUAAGCACCUGCUUGGGUGAGCUUUGGGUCUCAGCAUGAGCAGCACCUACCCCCCUCACGGUCAAAAGAGAGGUGGGUUCCCUCCAAAUAGGAAGCAACAUGGGCUCUGUCUAGGCCUUCAGGUCAGGUCGUGGGGAGGACAGAGGAGCCACACUUUCCUGCUUUCUUUGCGGUGCUCUCUGGAUACUUGCAACACCAAAGACAUCAGCAACGACCAAAAAUGACCCCAAAUUGGGGGUGAAUCUGCCAGCACAUGAGUAACUUUAGAACCUCACUGUAGGGAAAAGGGAGAGGAUGUCUGCCUCCUUCAUGUCCUUAAAUUCCUAGAUAAAGUGCCUUCAGGUGUCCCUACCAAUUCCGUUUUGUUUUCUUCCUUGGCUGCAACACAGAGAGAAGGAGAGCUAUUUUCUCCUCCAAGGCAGUUAGAAGCAUUACCUCAGUAGCCUGAUGUCCUGGAAAAGAGGAAGGUUGGCAGUGAUGGAGCAGGUAGAGUGAGAGGCUGAGCAGCAUAGAAGCUCCUGGCUGGCUCCUCUGGCCUGUUCGACUUUGGCUCAAGAGACAUGGAAUUAAUAGGCGAAGCUUCCUCCCCCUCCUCCUUUUACCUGUGGAGGACAGAUCAGUUCCCGGUUGGCCGGGGCAGUGUCAUCGAUACAGCUGGUGUCAUCGUUACCUUCCACUAACAGAUCACUCGACACCUGCUGGGCCCGGCAGGGCUGGGCCUGGGCAUCGCCCUGCAGAGCUGAGUGCUUGGAUGCUCCCAUUGUCCCAGAGCCCAGGGGCAGUCAGGACACAGGCUCUGCUGGGAUGUGGUGCUCGGUGACCCACCAGAAGGACUAGAUUGCUCUUGGUGCUGGAUCCCCGUUGCGGGUCCCAGCUGCCUCUUUACUUCCCGCUGCCUGGUCCCUGCUGCUGUCCAGGGCACGGGAGAUGAGUGUGUCGCUGGCUGGGAGCUGAGGCAGAGUGACGAUGCUGCACGGAGAGGGGACUCUGGGAGUGGCCCUGGCGUGAGGAGCCAGGGGUGAGGAGUGGCCUGGCGUGUGCAUCCCGGUGGCACGAUGCUGCAGCAGAUCCUGCACGACAUGUACAUCGACCCCGAGCUCCUCGCCGAGCUCAGCGAUGUGCAGAAGCACAUCCUCUUCUACAAAAUGCGAGAGGAGCAGCUGAGGCGCUGGAGGGAGCGUGAAGCCUGGGAGGCCCUGGCCCAGGUUGAGGGCCUCAGGCCCCCGAAGGUCAAGCGAGCGAGUGACAAGCACAUCCAGUGGCUCCUGGGGGCAGAUGGAGAGGUCUGGGUCUGGAUCAUGGGAGAGGGCCCCGGUGACAAGCCCUAUGAAGAGAUCUCCGAGGAGCUGAUUGCAGAAAGGGCGCGGCUGCAGGCACAGAGGGAGGCCGAGGAGCUCUGGAAACAGAAGGAGGCAGAGAUCACCAAGAAGUUCCGGGACGCUCUGGCCAAUGAGAAAGCCCGGAUCCUGGCGGAGAAGUGGAAAGUGGAGAUGGAGGACCGCAAGGCUGCCAAAGUCCUGGAGGAGCGCAUCCACGAGGAAUUCAAGAGGAAAGAGGAAGAGGAGAGGAAGUGGGGAGAAGAGCAGAUUCGCCUCCAGGAAGAGCAGAGGGCGAAGGAACUGUACUGGACCCUGAAGCAGGCGCAGCUGCAGAGCCACGCCAGCGAGAAGGAGGAGCGCGAGUGGGAAGAGCAGUUGCGUCGGUCCAAGGCAGCUGACGAGGAGAGGAGCCGCCGAGCCCAGCGCGCCCGGGACGAGUACCGGCGCCACUCGCUCCGUGCCAUCCAGAAGGGCACGGUCGCCGGCCUCAGCUCCAGGUUCCAAGAGCUUGGCCAGAGCCACAAGCAGGAGGCAAGACUCUGCCACCACCUCCCGGGCCCAGGUCCGCCUCCACCCCUGGCUGUGCCUGGCCGGACUUGGGAGCGGCCCCUGCGUCCUGUCUCCAGGGAAGUCAUAGUCCGGUGGUUUAAGGAGGAGCAGCUGCCUCGCCGAGCCGGCUUCGAGAGGAACACCAAGUCCAUCGCGCCCUGGUUCCACGGAAUUAUUAGCCGAGAAGAUGCAGAAGAUCUCCUUGAGAAUAUGACUGAGGGUGCAUUUCUGGUCCGAGUCAGUGAGAAAAUCUGGGGUUACACCCUCUCCUACCGCCUACAGAAAGGGUUCAAGCAUUUUCUGGUGGAUGCCUCUGGGGAUUUCUACAGCUUCCUGGGAGUGGACCCCAAUCGCCACGCAACGCUGACAGAUCUCAUUGAUUUCCACAAGGAGGAAAUUAUCACUGUUUCAGGGGGAGAGUUGCUGCAGGAACCCUGUGGACAGAGAAACAGCCCCCCAGACUACCAUCUGUUGUUUGAAUGAUUUUUUUCCCUCCUUAGCAAUGGGACUCCUUUGGGCAUCCUUUUUUUGAACUCAAGAACUUCCCAGCUCAAAUCCUUAUGGCCUUCUGGAAGAUCCACCACUACCCAGAGAGACAAGUAGCUUCGUAUAUUUCGAGGGAUAUGAAAUACACAGUGUACGUGCUGGUGGUUCCUAACCCAGUGCCCAGGACAGAAAUUGCUAAUAGCUGAUGCAACUCUUUCCUGAAAAAAUUUAGAUAGGACCUCAGAAGAUGAAGCCUUUUUGUCACAGCUGCACUAAACUGAGUUCCUAGAGUACACGGAUCAUAUUUUAAUAGUCCAAAUACUUCCAGUGCCGAACUCUGAAUUUAACAUAUGGUAGACAGUCAACAAACGUUUGUUGAAUGAAUACACUUCUUCUGAAAGUUUUCCAACACCCAUCAGCAAUGAUUUCUAGCAAGUUAUUUUCUAUUUGCCACUGCUUAUCAAGGCGUGGAGAUUAGAGAAGAAAUACUGUAAAGGACUUGCGUAGAAGACACAGAUGCUGCGUUGUUAAUGAUGCUCAUUAUCCCUCUCAUUGCUGUUAUCACUGGAACCACUUAAGGCUUCUGAGCCGCAGCUCACAGAACAGACGACUGAUCCUGCCCUGCCUUCACCUCUUCUUCUGCCGUCCCUCCUCUGUCUUGGAAUCAGAGCUUGGCCCUGGUUCUGCAGCACUGAGGCAGUGGUUUCAUGCAUUCCUACAGAUGUGCCUAAGACCCAGCGGGAAUUAUAGACCCAAGAAUGGUUUGUGGACAUCUGAUAGGGCCUUUGUUCUCCAGGAUGUGGCCCUCUGCAUGCAGGUUACGCACAUGAUUGCCUCUGCCCUCUUAGUCCUUUUGGUUUUGAUUCGCUGCCCAUUUACUCUGGGUCUGUUCUUCAUGUUAGACUCUCCCGGUGCCUCCUUGGUCGCUCUCAGCGGUGGUGUCUGUGCCUCCGCACAGCACGCAUUUGUGGACGUACAGGGAGACAGCAUGUGAUGAUGGAGCUAUUACAGGCUCUAGAAUCAAGCAGAUGUGGGUGCAAGUCCCACCCUGAAGCUGACUUGCUUUAUGACGCUGGCAGCGUUGUAUUUGGUGGGAGUAAAAGGACGAUUGGGCAUCAGCCAACUGGUCCCCUCACGUGGGUGUAUGAAACAUCUCUUUAUGUUCUACUUCACCCCUUGCCUCACCUGUUCCUUGGAUCACCUUGGACACUUGUUUCGCGCCAGUCACCACCACUGAAACCAGUUCUACGUGGGCUCUGUUCUUCCCCACGUGUUGGUCAGCUUCACGUGAGCUUCAGCUGUUGGUGCCCUGCCACGCGUGGAGCGACGGGCCUCUCUUCUGCUGCUGCAGAGGCAUGGAGACACCGUGCAACCCAGGAGAGCCGGGAAGUUAACUGCCCACGUAGGGAACCGUUGAUCCCCGGGAGACAGGCUGAUAGAUCAGCUCUCGUCCCUUCCUCCUCCUGGAGGGGCUGUUCUGAGAGGCAGUGCCGAAAAGCCUGGCCUCUUAGAAGACAGUCCUGCAAGACGGAGCAACUAGUCCCGAUGAAACCAAGCAGCGGCCGGAGCAGUGCCACGCCCUCCGGGGUGCUCGUCCUCCUUGUCUGCUUCACUCCCCUUUCUCUCGCUCCUGCUCCCCCUGAAAGAACAUGUGCUGCAGGCUGGGCCUUCUGGGGAAGCCAGGGGAAGGCCCCGUCGUGGAAACGUGUUCGGUAACAUCAAGUUUGCAUCUGGACUCCACGGCCUCCUUCCUGCCCAGCUGUCUCACGGAGCCCCUGAAUGGAUACGGUGAAGUGAUGGAGGGAACUUGCUUUUGCAACUGUAAAGUGCUUCAAACCCAACUGACGAUGAUGAUGAUGAUUAAAAUUACCUUCUUUCUGUUAGACUCAGAGGAACCGAAUUACAGUUUUGGCUGUGACUUACCAACUGUGUGACUGUACGCAUGUCAUUUGACCUCACCAAAGCUCGGUAUGACCAACCAGAGAGUUGUCUGUACGGCCAUCACCAGGCUUUUCGGCAGCUCAGCUAAAUGAUAAACACGAAGGCUCUGUCAAAGGAAGGUACUGCCAGCCACAACCGCUUUAACAGCAAAACAGUUCCACGCUUCGCAGAGACGCAUUUGGGGAAUAGGAUGUGAUGAUUCUGAAGGUGUCAGAAGAAACUAAGAUGAAGAACCUUCUUGUUCCAAAGCAGCUUUGAAAACAGACCAAGGUGGGCUGAGAGCCUGACUCCCCGAGCUGUAGUUCCCGUCACCCCUAAUUAGUAUGUGAGAGACAACAGCUGAGUCUUCCAUGCCUAACGCAUUUCUUUCCUUUUAUUUGGAGCCUGCACUUUCUGCACGUCUCAGAGUUUAGGUGUUACCUGGCCUUAGAAUAAAUUCCUUGUAAGUUGUCCUGCCAAUGAAAUUACUGUCUGGAAAACUGCAAUUUCAUCUUAAGAGUUUUA